AUAACGGAUGCCGACUGCUGUAAAACACAUAGAAGAAGAAGAAAAAAAAGACCCUUUGGUGUUUUGUCCCUCAUGCUGUGCCGUAAUAUUGCCGUAAAACAACGUUAGCUGUCGUAACAUUUAGUCCAGCAACAGAGGUCACAACAAACCACUCAGCAUGGGAGGUGACCACGGCCCCAGCAAGUUGUCUAUGCCAGACUGGCGGCAGUGGAAGGUGGAGGGAACACCACUGGAGAUCACACAGAGGAAGCUGGCAUACAGGGGCCUCAAGGAUCCAUGGCUACGCAACGAGGCUUGGAGAUACUCUGGCGGCUUCUCUCAACCUGUGACUCUGUCUAAUGUGUUGCUGAGAGGAUUCAAGUGGGGCUUUGCUGCCUUUACUGUUGCUCUGGCUGUGGAGUACGCCCUGUUCCCACCAAAGAAGGGCGGCCACUAAUGCUCGUCAUUGUCCCUGGAGUCUAAUAAUAUUCAAUAUUUUCUGUUCAUUAAAUGUUUUUUGAUCACA